AAUCCGUGUCUCUAAUCGAGUCUUGUGUGCUCAUCACCAGCGUUUCAACGACGGCGACGAGUGCUGCUCUUCUUCUCACUUUCUUCCUCUCUCUCAUCAUCCACUGAGCGUCUCAUCUUCCGCUCAGUUCUCCACUCACUCAGGUGCUGGACGACACCACAAUUCUCCGCAGAGAAACUCCAACCAACCAACAACCGCAAGACACACCACAAAAGUGCAAAGUGUAGCUUUUUUUCGGGAUCUGAAAUUGGAUCUCGCUCUUGUUAUUACUUUCUCCCAAGUAAACACACAUUUAGCCAAUUAUAAUCCAUCCACCUGGGUGGCCUUAUGAAACUACUUUGCCGAGUGUGUUGUAUAAUGGAGGUUUCCAGGAGGCUGUUUUCUCUCUUCUUUCCCUGAAAAACAUGGUCACAAUGGGAAAUAUAAAUAACAUUUCUUUCUACUGAGGAAACCUAGUGGUGAUAUUGAAUAACUUGAUUAUUAGAAGAAUGGUAAAUUAUUCUUAUUCUCCGACCUGAGUUAAAGCAAACAACAACGACAAGAACAUAUCCUCGAUAAUAACAUAAAACGCUAGCCAUGCAGCCCACCAGUAACAGUAACGGAGUGGCUUUGAAUCAGCCAUCCAAAAGCUUCAGAAACCCACCAUGGUGGAAUCGAAGGACGAGGUUGGAAAGGGGUUUGUUGGUGUCUGCUUGCGUUUUUUUCGUGACCUGCGCAGCCCUGGUCGUCGCCCUUGCCUCCACAAAUUCCGCUUUACGAGUUGGUCCAAAUUCUGAGUCUAUGCCUUCACCAGAAGCACUAGUCGAUGAUGGCGCCGAAGACACCGAACCCGGCAUCUGUAAUACCAAGGGAUGUGUCCGAACAGCUGCUGCAAUAAUCCAAAAUAUGGACGAAGAAGUUGAUCCGUGUGACAAUUUCUACGAAUUCGCAUGCGGAGGCUUUGUUAAGAACACGAUUAUACCUGAUGACAAGACGCAAAUGACCACGUUUGGGAUUCUCAACGACAAACUUGAUGAGCAGGUGAGGAUUUUGGUUGAAGAACCUGUGAAGCCUGAUGAGCCAAAGCCAUUUCAAUUGGUCAAAAACUUGUACCAAUCCUGCAUGAACAAAUCCUUAAUCGAAAGUUUGGGCGUGAAGCCAAUGAAUGAAAUCUUGAAGAAAUUGGGUGGAUGGCCCUUGCUAGAACCCAAUUGGGAUCCUACAACUUUUACGUGGAUUGAGUCUGUGUACCGAUUCCGUAAAUUAGGAUAUUCGAAUGACUACUUCAUCGACUUCUCCGUUACAACUGAUGUUAAGAACUCAACUUAUCGGAUAAUCGAUAUCGACCAACCUGCACUUGGUCUCUCCCGAGAGUACCUGACCAAGGGGUUGAAUGAAUCCGAGGUGAAAGCAUACCACAAGUAUCAGGUUGAGUUGGCAGUUUUAUUGGGAGCUGACCGAACAACUGCGGUGAAGGAUAUGCGCGAUGCUCUCGAAUUCGAAACACAGUUGGCAAACUUCUCACUUCCACGAGAAGAACGAAGAAAUGUGACAAAGUUGUACAAUCCAAUGACCAUUUCAGAGCUACAAGAAAAGUUUCCAUCUAUUCCAUGGUUGGAAUACAUUAAUCGAUUAUUGCCAGAGAAAGUUCAAAUUGCAUCCGAUGAGACAAUUAUUGUUACAGUACCUGAAUACAUAACAAAAUUUCAGCAGUUAAUCUCCCAAACCGACAAAAGGGUGCAAGCCAACUAUGUCAUGUGGAGGGCAGCCGCAAGCUCCGUCAGUUACAUGAGUGAAAGCGUUCGAAAGUUGCAAUUGGACUACACCAACACGUUGACUGGAAAGGGCGAACGAGAACCGAGGUGGAGGGAGUGCACUAGUGUCGCAACAGCAAGCUUGGCAAAUGCAGUUGGGGCGCUCUAUGUUCGUCGAUAUUUCAAAGACGAGGCUCGAGCUUCCGCAAUGGAGAUGGUCACUGAUAUCCGCAAAUCGUUCCUCGACAUUUUGAAGGAGAUUGAGUGGAUGGAUAGCUUGACAAGAGGUCGAGCCAUUGAAAAAGCCAAUAGUAUGGAAACUCAUAUUGGUUAUCCCAAGGAAUUGAUGGAAGAUUCCAAGCUCAUUGAGCUGUAUGAUGGGCUGGAAAUGAGUAACAACGACUACCUGGGAAAUGUUCUAAAUCUAACAACUUUCGGAACCGAUUAUGCAUACAGAAAAUUGAGAGAAAGAGUCAACAAGACGGAUUGGAUUUCUCACGGGCGUCCUGCUGUCAUUAAUGCAUUUUAUGCACCUCUGGAGAACUCUAUUCAAUUUCCGGCUGGAAUUCUCCAGGGCGUGUUUUUCGACAGUGAGAGACCUAGAUAUAUGAACUAUGGUGCUAUUGGAUGGAUUAUUGGUCAUGAAAUUAGCCACGGUUUUGAUGAUCAGGGACGUCAAUUUGAUGCCGAUGGAAAUCUGUAUGAUUGGUGGGAACCAACUACAAAAAAUGCAUACCUCAGACGAACCCAAUGCAUAAUUUAUCAGUAUGGAAAUAUGACGGCAAAAGAAGUAAAUCUGAAGUUAAACGGAAUCAACACACAAGGAGAAAAUAUUGCUGACAUUGGAGGUAUAAAAGAAGCAUACCGAGCCUAUCAGUCGUGGGUUCAAAGAAAUGGCCAAGAGCAAAAACUGCCUGGGUUAAAAUACUCAUCCAACCAACUGUUCUGGAUUAGUGCAGCCAACGUUUGGUGUAACAAGUACAGACCAGAAAGUUUGAAACUCAGAAUUCUGACGGGCGUGCAUUCCCCUGGAGAAUUCCGUGUUAGAGGACCUUUUUCUAAUAUGGAACCAUUUUCAAAGGACUUUAACUGCCCAAAUACAAAACCCAUGAACCCAAAGGAAAAAUGUUCCGUGUGGUAAAUUUAUACGUAAUGAUGUAGUUAUAGUUGGGUGGGUGGUGCUCCCAUACUUGAUUAAAUAUCAACCUCCACCUGCUGCGUUGGAUUUUUUGGGAGAUGUCUUUGCAUUUAUCCCACUUUGACUAAACCAAAAUCAAGUUGAAUUUUUGCUUAGAGAAAUCAUUAACGUAAACAAUUUCUGGUGUCGUUUAAAUUAUAACUGUUAACUUUGCAUCGUCUCCCAUGUCAGCAAACCUACUAUUUUGUGCCAUCAUUUAACCAGACGCAAUUGUUGGUCUGGAUGUGUGACGAUAUGUAAAAUGCUAAUAUCUAGUUAUAACUUAAUCUCUGAACUCUAUCUUAUAUGGUAGGAAUACAUCUCAUAAUUCCACAUGAGAUCGUAUUUAUUUGUAGUUGUUUAGUAAUUGAACUUGGACAAAGGAAGAUUAGUUUAUUAAUUUAUGUUGUCUUAUCCGGCGGUAUGUACAUACAUACAUAUGUAGAUGUGAUGAACUGUUAAAGUCUUUUAUUGUAUUUUUAGGUGAUGUUUGUUAUAGAAUAUAAAAGUAUCUGUACCCGUUAGUACAAUGAUUAAAAGUACAUAUGUAGAUGACUUUUUUUAAUAUUCUUGUUAAAUAUUUGAAACCCCUAUAAUUGUUAUAACAUGCAUUAAUCGUGACAGUCAAUUCUCAGUGCCAAUCCACUAUUACAAGAGCACAAUAAACUGAACGUCUUUUUUAUAAUA